GAAUCCUACAGCAAAGCCUAGAGGAAGCGGUCCUGGCAGAUCAUUUCGAUUUCCCUUCUCGACACACACCAUCUCUGAUGCGCUACAUAUGCAUGAUCUUCCGGGAGACAUAUCAGUGCUCCGCCGGUCUCUGCCUCAUUUGACUUGAAAUGCUCAGGCAUGCCUCCGAUCUACGGGUCCACUGCGGGUCCACUGCGAGCUUCGAACUAUCACUUUCAGCGUAUUUCCGCGGCCGUUGGAAUUCUGUUUUAGUUCGAGCUGAUGGAAUGGAAUCGCUUGUGCACAGGGGGGAGGUGGUGUUACGCGAGUUGAUGUGUGAGAUGGUCAUGCGUUGGUCGAUACUUGUGUUUGCUUCGUUUACACAUCAGAACCAUCGAUGGAACGCCAUUUAUAUGAAUCUCCGCGCAUCGUUCAAGCUGUGCAAGAAAGAAGGAGGCCUGAUUCGUACCUGCUGAAGGCUUUCUUCUGUUCCCUUAUCUUGGACUCUGAUAUUCGUGCAGGGAAACCCGAGGAGCAGAUGCAGAGCAUCAUCAAUCUGUUUGUACCUGGCGAAAAAAACAGAACAUGGAGGCACCAUCAAAGGUGAAAUUCUUGCGACGUCGAUUUGUCAUCCAUUUGUCAGCAAGAGUGAAGGCGCAUCUUGGGCAAAUCGCAGCGUAUUCUGAUGCUACGUGUCGCUCUAUGCCACUCUUAUCUGCCUCGGGAUAAUAUUUCUCAUAUCUCUGCUAAGCAUCAUCCGCUCAGCGUCGGGACCCCACCCACCCAGCCCACGUGCAUUCCCAUCCUGGGCAUGUUGACCUUGCCGCCUAACUGGUGUCAUGAUCUCAAGAGACGGGCCGACAAAUACCCGGACAUCUUGACCAUCAGAAUGACGAGCAUUGCGCUGUCGGUGGUCAAUAGUCGCCGGGCAGCGUUUGAGAUAAUGGAGAAACGUGCAUGGAUCAACAAGCCAUUGACCAAGAAUGGUGAUGGUGCAAGAGCUGACUUCUCUAUCAGGAUCGGUCAGGCACAGGAUUCAUCCCAAACAGCCGUUCCAAAGCUACACAAGGAGUGCCGCUGGAUGUUAUCCGUCGCUCUCAGUCCGCGGGUCGUACAGGCAUACGGAGACGAGCAGGCUCAUCAGUUCCACCGAGUGGCGCUCGAUAUGCUUUCUGGAUCGGGAAAGUACCGCAGCGCGAUUGUGCGGUCAGUGCUGGAUCGCGCUCGCGCAUACAUGAAGCUCAGAGCUCGGUUAUUAAGCUGAGCGUGUACGAGGGCCGUCUCAGCAAUUGCAUGCCACCUCGCCUACGGAUACGAUAACAAGGAUGAGAAUGACCCUAUGGACCAGCGGGCAGAUCAGGCCCUGCGAAUUUUGGAGAGGAGUAGAUUUCUAUGGCAUUCUUUUCAGAUCAUCGAUACACAGACCAUGGCUCAAGCAGAACCCGACAAGGUGAUUGGCCGUGAGCAUCUUCUUACCGCGGCAGAUCGCGAGCGUUUGUCCUGCUGUUGGGCCGUUCUGCAAGAGACAUCGCGCCGGCGCCCUUUGCACUGUUGCAUAGUAUGGGUAAGGAGCAAAUAUUCG